GGGGCUCGGUUCUCUCGGUCCCGGCUCCCACGGGCGGCGAGCCGGGGCAGUCAAGGAGAGCCUCGGCUGGCGUGGGGGCGCCGGCCGCGCGGGGCGCGAGGAGGCAGUCGGGGGCAUCCGCUCGUGUGCGCGUGCGCGCGGGGCGCCCGGGCCGCGGGCCGCCGCUCCCCGCGCCCGUCGACCUUUUGCGCGUGCGCGCGCCCCUGCGGCCGGCGGUGGAGGCCCCGUACAGCCAGCUGCCCCUCUCCUCCCAUCGCCUUCCCCUUCCCCUUCCCCUUCCCCUUCCCCUUCCGCUUCCGCUUCCCCUUCCCCUUCCCCUUCCCCUUCCCCUUCCCCUUCCCCUUCCGCUUCCCCUUCCCCUUCCCCUUCCCCUUCCCCUGUGCGCGUGCUUGGGGUCAUCGCGGCCAGCCCUCUGCCUCCGGUCCUCCCUUUCACUAGCUUCCCGCCAGCUGCUGGCGUCUUAAACGUUGGUAAACGUGGCAAACAUUAAACUUUCCUGAUAUUGAAAGAGUGGGUUUUCGAGGCCUUCUCUUACCCUGGCUCCGCGGAUAAGGGGUCUCCUACCACACCCCACAUGCCCAGUGUUCGCGAACCGUCACACACAGAGGGGCCGUUUGCAGGGUGGCCAGGUUGGGCAGGUGAAGCGCAGGACGCGCCGGGAGGUUAGAAUUCCGUGUACACGACAAGCGAUGUCCAUGUUCGCGUCAAGCCCCAGAGCUUGCAAGGGACCCCACCGCGCUCGCAAAUUCUGCGCAUGUCCAGAAUUCGAAUUUAGCGGCCGCACUCCAAUGGGGAAUUUGUUAGGGAUGCAGGUGGUGGCAGCCAAGCCCUGGAAACUGUAUUGGAAUCCAGCAGCUACCGCCCUGUGGGCGUGUGUGAGGCUCUGGCCCUCUGUUCCUUCUGCUCAGGACUCCCCACCCUGCUUCCCCUGCCUUCCGGGUCCAGCUGGGGUCACCGCCUCCGAGGAGCCCUCCUGGACUGCCCACCACAGGGCACUAGCCCUCGGAGAUUCUGCCAAGGACUCCCCACCCUGCCUCACCUGCCUUCUGGGUCCAGCUGGGGUCACCGCCUCCGAGGAGCCUUCCCAUACUGCCCACCACAGGGCACUGCGCCCCCUGGGAGCUGUACCCUGGGACAGCGUGGAGCUCAUGUGGCUUUUCUCAGCCUUGGGAGGUGGGGAUGGGUUCCCAUUUCUCAGAGGGGGCACUGAGGGUGGGGUCUAGGGCAGGUGCCCAAGGUCUCCCAGGCAGGGAACAGCUGGGCUGGGUGUGGACUUCUAGGACAGGGCAGGACACACACCCAGGUCCGGGUUCCGGCCUGCCUUCGUCACCCAGGGACAAGAUGAGGCCUCGAGCCUACGCUUUCCUGGGUGUAUAAAUGCCAUUUUCUGUCUCCCUCCCAGAGCCAGUUGCCCCGUAUCUUCGGGGGGUCCCGGAGCACCCGUGCUUCCAGCGGGGAGGUGCCUAAGCUGCCAAGGGGGCUUGAGGUUAGGGUCCCGUCUCCCUGGUCCAGCACACCCUCUGGGGGCCGCCGAUGCUGUUAGUGCUCCCGGCCCCCGGACUCCUGCACCAGAGGCAGAGGCGCUGCAACCAGAAAUGAAAACAGGCGGUUCUGAGCCCGCCGCGGCUGUCCUUGGAGAUGCCAGGGUGGGGACUGAGCUGGGCGAGACCAGCAGAGUGUGUGGGGGGUAGAGGCAGCCAGGUGCCUGGAGCUGGGGACUCAUCUGGGGCUUUGGGGACAGAGGAGGAGCCCAGGUCCGGCAGCCGACCCCAUCCUGCCCCACAUCCCUGGGCGUGUUUAUACAGAACACACGCGCGUGGACACUGCUUGCAGCCGUGCUGGCACUCCCCCCAGGGCGUUGGGGUUGGGGGUUCAGGCGGGUCACUGUUUCCUGAAACCGCUUCUUUGUUUUUCUUUCAUUUUUUUUUUUUAUUUCUUAAAGUUUAUUUAGUUUGAGAGAGCGGGAUGGGGGCAGAGAGAGAAUCCCAAGCAGGCUCCACACUGUCAGUGCAGAGCCCAACAUGGGACUCGAACUCACGAGCCGUGAGAUCUUGACCUGAGCUGAAGUCAGCGCUUAACCGUCUGAGCCACCAGGUGCCCUGAAGCUGCUGCUUUCUUAUCUGUGGGGGAGGCUCAGGGCCCCUGCCCUACACAGGGGCUCCGAAGGCAGAGGCGGUGAGCUGGCCCGCCUGGCCAGAGCCUGGUCAGAUCGCGACUCUGCCUGCCUGUGGCCCCAGGCGAGGCCUUGCACCCCACAGAGCCUUGUCUUUGUCCUGCGGAACGGGGACAGUUCCAGGAGCUCCCUCCUGUGUCACUGGGAGGACACGUGGCGGGGAGCGCACCAGUGGUUGGGCCUCGCGUGGAGUCUGCUGACCUCGCGCCUGCCCCGUGUCCCUCCCCCUCCCUGCUUCUCUAGCAGCCUUACUGCUUUGCGGCUCACCCGUUUAAAGCCUCCGGCUCUGGGGUUUUCAGUACCUCCGCAGGGGUGCCGAACUCUCCUCGCUGUCUUCUUACAGAAACCUCCAUGCCCCCCCCCAGAGGAAGCCUCGUCCCCAUCACCAGUCACUCCUCCAUCCCCUCCCUGGCUCCCGCGAGCCCCCUUCCCGUCCGUGGACGAGCCCGUUCCGGACGUUUCACACACAGCUGGCGCCCCCGCCGGCGGCGUCCCCCUGACAGCCCCCCGUUGCCUGUGUUACUCAGCGGCUGUGCUCCUGGAGGACAGUCGGAGCCCCACUGAGGAUGGACCCCGCCCCGGGCCUCGCGGAGCAGCAUGGGGACGAGGAGGCCGCGAGCCCCCAGCCAGCGCCUGCGCCGUGGCAAGCCCUCCCGGUCCUGUCCGAGCAGCAGUCCCAGGACGUGGAGCUGGUGCUGGCCUACGCCGCGCCCGUCCUCGACAAGCGUCAGACCUCGCGCCUCCUCAAGGAGGUGUCGGCCGUGCACCCGCUGCCCGCCCAGCCUCACCUCAAGAGGGUGCGGCCCAGCCGCGAUGCCAGCCGCCCGCACGCACUGGAGAUACUGCUGUGCCUGGCGGGGCCGGCGCCGGGUGCACGAUCGCUGGCCGAGCUCCUCCCGCGGCCGGCCGUGGACCCUCGCGGCCUGGGGCAGCCCUUCCUGGUGCCCGUGCCCGCCCGGCCGCCCCUGACCAGAGGCCAGUUCGAGGAGGCGCGCGCCCACUGGCCCACAUCCUUCCACGAGGACAGGCAGGUGGCCCGUGCCCUGGCCGGACGGCUCUUCUCGGUGCAGGAGCAGGCGGCGAUGCAGGGCCACAUGGAGCGGGCCGUGUGGGCGGCGCAGCAGGCGGCCGCCAGGGGCCUGAGGGCCGUGGGGGCGGUGGUGGUGGACCCGUCCUCGGGCCGCGUGCUGGCCACCGGCCAUGACUGCAGCAGCGCGGCCAGCCCCCUGCUGCAUGCCACCAUGGUGUGCAUCGACCUGGUGGCCCGGGGCCAGGGGCGCGGCGCCUACGACCUCCGCCCCUACCCUGCCUGCUCCUUCGCCCCGGCCGUCGUCGUCCCCCAGGGCGUCCGCGCGGGCUCUGUGCGCAAGCUGGAGGAGGACGGGGACGCGCGCGGGGACAGCCUGCCCUACGUGUGCACCGGCUAUGAUCUCUACGUCACCCGCGAGCCCUGUGCCAUGUGCGCCAUGGCCCUGGUACACUCCCGCGUGCAGCGCGUCUUCUAUGGGGCGCCGUCGCCCGACGGUGCGCUGGGCACCCGCUUCCGCAUCCACGCCCGGCCGGACCUCAACCACCGCUUCCAGGUGUUCCGUGGUGUUCUGGAAGCCCAGUGCCGCCGGCUGCACCCCUUCGUGUAGGCG